AUGGCAGACAAGAUGAAAAUUAUGUUGGUUCUGCUGCUGAUCGUCCUGAAGGAAGCUGGCCCGACCGCAGCCUGCAGCAGCAGCUGUUCAUCAGUAUGUUACUGCGGCAGACGAGGCCUCACCAGUGUUCCCCAGGACCUGCCGACAACCAUCACUAGCUUGGACCUGUUUAACAACGCCAUCAGAACAUUAAACCGGUCCGACUUCUCCAGGUACAGCAGUCUGAGAACAUUACAAGUUCAUUUCAACCAGAUUUCCGUAAUCAACAGCGGAGCGUUCUACAACUUAACCAGGGUUCAUACACUGACCCUUCUCGGUAACGAGUUAACUAGUCUCCGAUCUGACAUGUUUGUGGGACUCGAUAAUCUGCAGGGCCUUAUCCUAUAUAACAACAACAUCCACGCCAUCGAGGCGGGAGCCUUCAAUUCCACUCCGCAACUCCGCCAUCUUCAACUUCAGAACAACAACAUCAGCACCAUCGCAGCUGGCACAUUUGUAAAUCUGUCCCGGCUGCGAUGGCUGUACCUUUACAAAAACCAGAUAACCAGUCUCCGGUCUGACAUGUUUGUGGGACUUGAUAAUCUGCAGGGCCUUUAUCUGGAUCAGAACAACAUCCACAGUAUCAAGGUAGGAGCCUUCAAUUCCACUCCGCAGCUAAUGGAGCUUCAACUUCAAAACAACAACAUCAGCACCAUCGCAGCUGGCACAUUCGCAAAUUUACCAAUCUUGUCAACCUUAAAGGUGAACCACAACCAGAUGGAGACACUCCCGUUCGCGGCAUAUGACGUCCUGGCUUCCAUCUCAACAGUUGACCUCAGCAACAACCCCUGGCAGUGUGACUGCAGGAUGCUUCCCUUUAAGCUAAAGUUGAACGGGCCUUAUUCCUUUGAGAACCAGAUCACCUGUGCCGAACCUGAAAACCUUACAGGGAAAAGUUUACUACGGGACGUCAGUCCUCAGGAUCUGAUCUGUGAAGGCACUACUGACAGCACCCCUCCAAGGGGGUCUUCAGCCCACAGCACCCCUCCAGGAGGGUCCUCAGCCCAAAGUACCCCUCCCGAGGAGUCCUCAGUCCACAGUACCCCUCCAGGAGGGUCCGAGGCCCAAAGUACCCCUCCCGGGGGGUCCUCAGACCACAGUACCCCUCCCAGGGGGUUCACAACCCACAGUACCCCUCCAGGGGGGUUCACAACCCACAAUACCCCUUCCGGGGGUUCCUCAGUUCACAGUUCCCCUCCUGGGGGGUCCUCAGACCACAGUACCCCUCCCGAGGGGUUCACAACCCACAGUACCCCUCCAGGGGGGUUCACAACCCACAGUACCCUUUCCGGGGGGUUCUCAGACCAAAUUCCCGGUGGUUCAUCGGCCGACAGUCUUCCUUCCGCUUCUUUCUCCCUCCCCGCCUUCCUCAGCGGUUUUCCUGGCGGAGUUCUUGGAUCUAUUCUCACCUCGGCCAUUUGCCUUGUGAUCUGGUGCAGAAUCAAGCGACGCAGAAGUAGCCCCGCCCCUGCCCCUAACCCCAGCCCGGACACACACGUUACAGACAAGUACCGUGACCAGGCAGGCCAUCAUGGUGACCUAAAUCCAAUAGCCGUAGAGCGUGCCCUUGACCCUGUUCCGUACGACCUUGACCGUGGUUACAGGCUUGUGCGCCCUCCCCUUCCUCCAAUCACAGGUCAUUAG